AGAGAAAUAGAGAGUGAAGCUCUUUGAAGAUAUAUAACAAUUCUUAAUUUAUUGAUUGAACUGAAGAUUUCAUCAGUUUGGGGUUGCUAUGGCUCCUGGAGGCAGUACUUGCAGAGAAGUUACUGAAUCUCAUCGUAGCAUUGUAGAUUAUGACAUCACAACAGAAAGAUCAGAAUCUAAUUGUUCAACUGCAACAAGUACUGUUGGGUUUGGUGGAAAACUUGGACUUCAUCAAAACAGUGGUGUUUAUGAGCUCCUAGAGUGCCCUGUCUGCUCAAAUUUAAUGUAUCCUCCAAUUCACCAGUGUCCAAAUGGACACACUUUGUGUUCAAAUUGCAAGACUAGAGUUAGAAAUUGCUGCCCCACUUGCCGCAAUGAUCUUGGAAACAUAAGGUGUUUAGCUUUGGAGAAAGUUGCAGAAUCCUUGGAUCUUCCUUGCAAAUACCAGAGCUUGGGUUGUCAUGAUAUCUUCCCAUAUUACAGCAAGCUAAAGCAUGAGCAACACUGUCAAUUCCGUCCAUAUAAUUGCCCUUAUGCUGGGUCUGAGUGCUCAGUCACAGGUGACAUCCCAACUCUUGUUGCUCAUCUUAAGGAUGAUCACAAAGUUGACAUGCAUGAUGGGUGUACCUUCAACCAUCGAUAUGUCAAAUCAAAUCCUCAUGAAGUUGAAAAUGCCACAUGGAUGUUGACUGUAAGUUUUUCUGUGCUAACUAUUGGUGGAUUGGAUAUGAUUCUUCGACAUUAGAAUAUAUUUUUAAACAGGUUAACAUAAUCCCUCCGAUGACACCAAUAAAAUCUAUGAUUGCCUUGUUCACUUCUGAAAUGCGUAUCAUGAGGUUCUUGCUGAAAGCGAAAUUCAUCUGAUUGGUUCACCUGCAUUCUAUUCAGAGUGUUGCAGUUGCAGAUGUGUUUCUUUAGCAAAAUUAAAUACUAUCUUGGUAUAUAGCACCACAACAGUACAAUCUCUAUCUUAAACUUCACCAUCUUUUGCAGGUAUUCAACUGUUUUGGAAGACAGUUCUGCCUGCAUUUUGAGGCUUUCCAGCUCGGCACAGCACCAAUGUAUAUGGCGUUCUUACGUUUUAUGGGUGAUGACAAUGAGGCAAAAAAGUUCAGUUACAGUUUGGAAGUUGGUGCCAAUGGCCGUAAACUAACCUGGCAAGGGAUUCCCAGGAGCAUCCGUGACAGCCACCGAAAAGUUCGUGACAGCCAGGAUGGACUCAUCAUCCAAAGAAGUCUGGCACUAUACUUUUCUGGAGGGGAUAGGCAAGAGUUGAAGUUGAGGGUAACCGGCCGAAUAUCGAAAGAAGAAUAAACAUAGGAACUGAUAAGAACAAGGUGAUUUUGUACAGCCCCAAAGAAUUCGAAGUCUCACUCCCCUCAGUGCAAUGCAAAGGAUGAAAUUUUCGUCAUUCUGAAUCUCUGAUUGGGGUUUCUCUUAAUGUUUUUGCAUUCUAUAUUUUGUUUGUGAUUUGUCCUUGGACAGUCCAAUUUGACAGUUAACUGCUGCAUGGUAGCAUGAGAAAUGAAAAUUUCACGUUUCA